UUCUUCGAUAUCUCCUCGCGCGAAUCGCUUUGGUAUUUCUGGUCUAUCUUUAAAUUCUCUCUCUUCCUCUGCCCUAACAUCGUCUUCUCCCGUUUUUGGAUCGGAUGAAAUGAAAUACGAGAAAAAUCAGAGGCGUUAAGCUCAAAAUCUGUUAUUUUGAACUGUAUGCCACAUGGGAAGCACAUAUAACACAUCAAUGGAUGCUUCUAUGGUGCCGAAAGAUGACGCCUUGGAACGUUGGAUGACACUGGACAUGGGAAGCGCAUAUCAAAGUGUCACAUCAUUGGAAUCUUCAAUGGUUCCUAAAGAUGACCCCAUGGAUCAUUGGAUGGGAGUGGACCUCAAACCUUUUUAUGCCGAUGCUGAUGAAAUCGUGGGAAAUUGUUUGAAACAUGAUCUUGUUGAACAUUGCAUGGUAGUGGAUCUUGAGCCUGAUGGGGUUGAUGCUUGUGAAAUGGUGAGAAAUGAUUUAAAAGAUGAUACUACAGAAUGCUGCAUGGCAGCGACAGAAUUGGACAUCGGAUCUCGUGGGGGCGAGUCCAAUGAAACAGAGCUAAGUUCGGUCUGUAAAGAGUUGGUUGUAUAUAGAGAUCCCUUGGAACCCCGUGUGGGUAUGCAGUUUGAAUCUAGGGAGGCAGGAAAGGCGUGGUAUAAUGAAUAUGCUAGGCGCGCUGGUUUCAGAAUCCGUGUUGGCCGUAAUGAACGCUCGAAGAAAGACAAAGAAUGCAUCUCACAGCAAUUUGUAUGUUCCAAAGAGGGCUUCCGUCAUAAGAAAUACAUUGAACGGACGGACAGAGUUUUGCCAAUUCCAGCACACACGCGAGAAGGGUGCAAGGCAAUGCUUUUGUUAAAGAAGAGAGGCCCCGACAAAUGGGUCAUUACAAGAUUUGAAAAGGAGCAUAAUCAUGAACUAGUUGACCCACGUAAAGCGUCUCUCCUUCGUCAGCGAAGGCGUGCAUCUAAUACCUCAAGAAAACCCUUGUUGAUCACUUUGGAUUCUUUGGCACGGCAAAAUGAGGUGAUUCGGUCCGAAGAAGCAGCAAGGGUUGAGCCUGUCGUGGGCAUGCAGUUUGACUCUAAGGAUGCCGCUAAGAUAUGCUAUAAAGAAUAUGCUGCGCGGUCAGGGUUUAGCAUCCGUGUGGGCCGUAAUGAACGCUCGAAGCGUGACAAGGAAUGCAUUUCUUGGCAAUUUGUAUGUUCGAGAGAGGGUUUUCAUCAUAAGAAAAAUGUAGAUGGAAAGGAUGGAACUUCAGCAGCAGGGCGAGGGCGGCCCACCACAAGGGGAGGGUGCAAGGCAAUGCUUAUAGUGAAGAAGAGAGGCACAGACAGAUGGGCUGUUACGAGAUUCGAGAAGACACACAAUCAUGAACUGGCAACUACAGAUAAUGCCCCUCCUUUUGAUCAUGGAGGCGAGCAAUCUAAUAUUGGAUUUGGCUGUUUUUAAGCCGCCAUAUUGAGGGUUUGGAUUGUGAGAUUGCAGUUGAUGAUCUGACUGAUGGAGAAUCAAUUCAAUCAAGGAGAUCUCUGUUAUGUGAUUGGUGUAACCAUGAUAGAUUUGUGUUUUAAGAAGAAAGCUGCAUUUGAGACUUCCAACUGUGAGGCCUCAGUCCUUUGCUUAUCAGUGUUAUGAUGAACAAAUCAAUGUUAAUUAGAUCUUCUAUGUCGAUUUUAAAGGUUAA